AUGGAAAGUGUGAGUGAACUCCAGAAUCCCCUGUUGGCCAAGAACAAUGGGCACCUUCACAGCAGUUACAGUUACCACCAGGAUUAUCCUGGCCACCGUUGCCAGGGUAAACUGUACUCCUAUAUCUUCCAAAAUUCUGGCAAUGCAAGGACUCACCAACUGCUGGAUGCUAGUUCUCUUCAGCUGGCUGUCGAAGCAUUGUACGGCCCAAAUUUCAUCCUGGUGAAGGAUGAGACCAGUGUCAAAGUCAAGGACAACAAAGGUGAGAGUUGUGAGACGGCCUUCAUGGGAAACAAAGAGCAUCCUACUGAGGCCUCUGAGGUGCAAGAAACACAAGGGAGGUCCCUGAUGGAAAAUGACAUCAAAAUCCAGACAGUGUCCUAUGAAGUGGAAGAAGAGGAAUUGCAGGAAUAUGAGAGUGACUCCUCGAGUGACAGCGAGAGUGAAGAUCAUUUUCUGAUGCUUCCCCCACGAGACCACCUGGGCUUGGCAAUUUUUUCAAUGCUCUGUUGUUUCUGGCCUCUGGGAAUUGCUGCUUUCUACUUUUCUCAAGGGACGAGUAAGGCUAUCUCCAAGGGGGACUUUCACCUUGCAAGUUCUGCUUCCCGGCGAGCACUAUUCCUUGCUGCGCUCUCUAUCACCAUUGGCACAGGAGUGUAUGUUGGAGUGAUUGUAGCACUGAUUGCUUACCUAUCUAAAGGUGGCCACGUAUAGUAAAGAAUCUCUGCAUCAGAUGGAUAAUUCUCUCGGAUUACACACUUUCUUAUGAAACAUAGGACACUACGCUUACAAGGAUUUCUACGGAGC